GCCAUCUUGUGGUACACCCUUGUAGUGCUGCCUUUUGAUUGGCUGAGCCGUUGCCAGGACUGUUUACGGGAAACAUGGCUUCCCUGUCUGUUGUAGAGCCUCAAGAAAUGGAAGUGGAUCGAAAGGGAGAGUCUGAAGAGUCAGGUGAUGAUGAGACCAGGAGGAAGAGCAUAAAUGGCGACAUGGAUCCAAAUCAGCCGGCUGCCUCAAAUAAGGAAGAGUCUCCUGUCGACAUGGAUACCAUCACUUUGGACCCGGAAGAGGAGGAUGUUGAUCUUGUUCAUUGUCGUAUUGGAAAAAUUGAAGGACUGGAAGUACUACAGAAAGUUAAAACCCUCUCCUUACGACAGAAUCUUAUUAAAAAGAUAGAAAACCUCGACAGUUUGACCUCGCUGCAGGAGCUUGAUUUGUACGACAAUCAAAUCCGCAAGUUGGAGAACAUCAACAAGCUCACAGAGUUGGAGCAGCUUGACCUGUCCUUCAACCUUUUACGAAAGAUGGAAGGUUUGGAUCAGCUGACUCAGCUGAAGAAACUUUUUUUGCUUCACAACAAAAUCAACGGCAUCGCCAAUUUGGACCACUUCACAUGUCUGGAGAUGUUGGAGCUGGGCUCCAAUCGUAUUCGAGUCAUAGAGAACCUGGACUCCCUCACAUCUUUGCAAAGCUUAUUUCUUGGUACCAAUAAGAUCAACAAGCUGCAGAACAUGGACAGUUUACACAGCCUGACGGUGUUAAGCAUUCAGAGUAAUCGGAUUACUAAAAUGGAGGGGCUGCACAACCUCGUCAGUUUGCGAGAGCUCUACCUGAGCCACAAUGGCAUUGAGGUCAUCGAGGGUUUGGAGAACAAUAAAAAGCUGACAACUCUGGACAUCGCAGCCAACAGAGUGAAGAGGAUUGAAAACAUCAGUCAUCUGACAGAGUUGCAGGAGUUCUGGAUGAACGACAACCAGAUUGACAACUGGUCUGACCUGGACGAGCUGAAGAACGCCAAGUCUCUGGAGACGGUGUACCUGGAAAGAAACCCGCUACAGAAGGACCCACAGUACCGACGAAAGAUCAUGCUUGCACUCCCCAGCGUCCGCCAGAUCGACGCCACCUUUAUCCGCUUUUGAAGUGCAGUAUGUACAAUCCAUGUGACUUAUUUACAGUGUUCACCCUCUAGUCACAAAAAAUGUUAUCAUUUUGUAUGCAUUGGCCUCGCUCCUUAUACAAAAGGUAAAGUCGCACAGCUCACUCAAUAUACAUGAAUGCACUCAUUCACGACUUGAGCUAUUGUGUGGAAGCUCAUAUAUUUACAAUGCUGGAUAUUAACUGUGAAAAAUCACGAGAAUCACAUUUGUUUCCUGCACUUGUUGUACUCUUCAUGAAAAUCACAAACGGCAUAUUUUAAGAUGCACUGCAAGAGAGAGAAGACUCAACAGUUCCAAAGUCACGCCGUCAGAAUACUGUCCACUGCACACUUAAAAACACUCCCGAACCAGGUAUUAAAGACAAAAGAUGCAACUUUUA